AUCCGGGUGCCAUUGGGUGCCAUUAUGAAGAAUCGAAUCGGCAAGCUUCCCAUGGGCAGGAUCAGAGCCGUCUGUUGCCAGCAUUGACAACCAUGCCCUUCAAGAAGAGGUCUUCCAAGCAUUUGGACAUGCAGCAGCAGCGUCAGCAUUGAGCUAGGGGUAGGGUGUUCCACACUUUCUCUGAGAUGCAGCCAUGGAUUUGCAAAAGAGGUCUCUCUCUCCUCAGAGUUUUGCUGCGAGAGCUGAGCUGGAUUUGAAAGACAGAGCACUGCGUGAGCGCGAGCAAGCUGGGAGGCCACACAGUCGCUGUUUCUACAAUGAAGUGCUGCUUGAUAUUGAGAGGCUUAUGUUCAUACCGGGGCGUGUCAAGUGGCAAACGUGCCAGGAGAUCGUCGGCAGGAUGCGAUUGCAUGGGAUACCACCUGAUCCUUUGACCUACGCAGUAUGCCUGAGAGUUGCUUGGAAAGCUAAGCUGCCACUCGAAGCUGAAAAGCUGCUUUGUGAGAUGAGAGAAGACAAGAUCCUCCCCACAAAAGCUCACUUUCAUGCCAUCAUGAAGGCGUGGAUCUUCGCUGCGAACUUGCCGGAGGCACGGCGAGUAUUGGACAGAAUGGCUGCUGAAGGUGUGCAGCGAGACGAAGCUUUCAGCAUACUUGUUGCAAACAGUCGUCCGGACGAGGCUGCCAACAUUGUGCUUGUGGAAAUCCCAGCUGCAUCAUUAAAACCUUUCUACCAUACAUACAACUCUUGGCUCCAUGCCUGUGUCAAAGCGGGCGACGUGCAAGCGGCCCUUCAGGCUUGGUCUGCUUUCAAAGCGGCAGGCGUUCGGCCGAACUGGGUCACCCAGGAAACCCUGCGGCCGUUUGCUACUCUUUCGGAUCCAGCAGCUCAAGCAAUCUGCAAAGAGCUCUCCGAGAUGAUUGCGUCUGCUGCGGUCUCAGCGCCUGGCAGCGGGCAUGUGCCUCACCAACGGGGCGAUCGUCCAGUUACUGAAAAUGCAAAGUCGAAGGAACCGAAAAAGCGCAGAGCGUCUGGAACAGAGGCAAGCGGUUUAGAUAGAGAAGUGGCUCCAGGCAACGGGGAAGAUGGAUCGGGAGUGACAGCAAAGUCCAAGGAUCUGAAAGAGCGCAGAACGUCCGGGGAGGAGGCAAGCUCUUCAGGUCGAGAACCGGGUUUGGGCAAAGCCAGGAAGGGAGUCAGAGCCCCAGCAGAGACUGGGUGUGCGAGCUCUAGCCCCCCUAUUGUUUCAAAGUCGAGAGUAGGGGUUGAAGGCGAAUCUGAACAGAAGGUCCCCACAGCUCCAAUACCAGAGAAACAGGGCGCCGAUGCUGGGGUUCCGCUCGCAGAUUCCGGGGAGGGAGGGGUUGACGCAACUCGCUUAGCGCUGAAGGCAUGGCUAAGUUCCACCAAACUCGAACCAUCCAGGCCCAAAAGCGCUAAGCGGCGAGCCUCCCAAAAGCUCGGCUCCUCACGCCAGCCUUUGGAACCUUUCCGCGAAACCGACACCAGCUCAGAUACACCCCCCCUCCAGGACAACGCUUCCUUAAGGAACCCCCAUGAAACGGACGUUGAGCGGGAGCCCUUUCGGCACGUAGAAACGGACGCCCAAGCUCUCGAUCACAGCGUGGGGAACUCGAGCCUAGGUCAGGGGUUUUGGCGGAGACUCGAGAAGGUAGCAACGGGAAGAAACCCGACACCGAGGGGGUCCCAAUGGCUUCUGGACCUGCAAAGUUAUUCCGCUAAAAAUACUCGCCAACAAGUCUACGCGAAGCUGGAGGCGCUCGCGCGACAGGAUGCGGAGCGGAAACCUGGGCUGACGAUCCACAUAGAAAAUAACGGGCCGGCAGCGCUCCAGAGAGUAGUCAAGAAUUUCCUUACUUCCAUUAGGGUCUCCUAUGUAGAAGGCCCGGUCUCUGGCAAGCUGUCGAUACCGAGUGGGGCCAUUUCGGAGUACGUGGCAACGCAAGAGAAGAAGAGGUUCAAACAACGUGUUGUGAAGAGUGCAACGAUGCGAUACGUUGGUGCAGGAGCGGUAGUAUUCGCAGCCGUCUCCUUAGUGCCGGUCUUACUUGAUCGGUAUGCUCACGAACAAGGCCCAGAUUGAGAAACGCCUGCAGAGGGGGAUGUGCUAGACUGCCUGAUUGGUGUACAGGGGUUUUGGUUGUCGGCACUCUUCCUACUUGUCCGGUCGCUCACGAGGAACGGACUCGAUAUUGAGUGUCCGAUUGCAUGACCGGAGCAGGUGUCAAGGCGACUGAGGGGCGGACGUGAUUCUCGAUCGCAAUUCGUGAUGCUCGAGACAAGCCGUCUUAAACUAAUCCGUUUUGG